AACACGUGAAUUUGUAUCAUUUUUGUUUAAGAAAUCUAUAUUUUGUUGGCGAUCCGGUACUUUUGGAUUUACUACUGCAUCUUGUUAUCUAAAAUGGCGGAAGGCUGUGGGGAUGAGCAGAUGUAUGUUGAAGAAGACGACAGGACGUUUAUGUGUCAGCAGGAGAAGGACGAUGAAGACUACACUCCACCAGCAGUCUUCCUCUGCUGUCAGUGCAAACUGCCACUUGGGGACUCCUUUUCACGAAUGAGGAGUGAAGAUGAAGUGGGCCUGAUACUGCUGAAAAAAACUACCAACAAUGUUGUUGCAGGUAAUGAAACCUGUCUUUCGACACAAAAUGAUGAACAUAGCUGCUUGUUUUUAACAUUGUCUUGUGGUGGCUGUUCCUUAGAACUGGGUAGGCUCUACACAUGCACACCAAAGCACCUUGACUACAAAAGGGAUGUGUUUUGCCUUAAUAUCAAGUCGGUUGAGAGUUAUGUGCUCGGAUUCACACCGCAGAUAGUGUUUCCAGAUGAAGAAGAUAAACCUGAGUCCAGGGUGUGUGUAGAAGCUGAGAUGGAAAAGAUCAAAGCAGUUGUAGUGACAAUGGAGAAAAGACUAUCCACACUGGAAUCUAAGGUUCCUACUCACAGAAAAUAACUACAAAAAGAACACUAGACUUCUACUUUUUUAUGUUCACUUAGCGCCUCUUUUUAGCGCAUGUUUUGAAAAGAAAGUCAGUUUCAACAAGAUAGUCAACAAGGUAAACCUCAGAAUAUCAAUAAAUAUUGUUCUGUUUCUGCCCCAUACUUUUGGGGCUUGUAAUUGAUUUCAGGAUGUGUAUUCUGUAUAGAAUAAAUAGAAACCAAAGCUUGUUUAUAUUUUUGCACUUGUUUGGCGGUUCUUUGCACCUGCACUGAAUAUUGUGACUUUGACUUUAGGUUGCAGGACUGUUAACAAUUGUUCUCCAUCCUCCAUACUUAAAGGUAA